UAUGGUGAGAAUGGUAUUUAGUGACUUUACUGUAAAAGAAGAUCUACUAAAAAUAUUACCCAUGAAAGGACGAACAACAGGUGAGGAUAUCUAUAAAAUAUUUAUAACAUAUGCAAAGUCGAUAGAUAUGCCUCUCCAGAAGUUGUCUGCGAUAACCACUGACGGAGCACCAGCAAUGGUUGGUAAUGUCAAUGGAUUUAUUGCCCUCUGCAUAAAAGAUAAAUCAUUUCCAAAUUUUAUGUCGUAUCACUGUAUUAUCCACCAGGAAGUUUUGUGUGGUAAAAUACUACCCUUCGGACACGUCAUGAAAAUAAUUACAAAAAUAGUCAACUUAAUUCGCGCAGCUCCUUUGCAACACCGCCUUUUCAAGGCCCUAUUAGAAAAUCCUGAAGAUCCUGAUCUCAUUCUGCAUACUGAAGUACGUUGGCUCAGUAAAGGCAAAGUUCUUGCUAGAUUUGUAAAUUUAAUUGAAGAAAUAAAAAAUUAUCUCAAUGCCAAACACCAAAAUUUUUUUGAACUAACAGACCCUCGUUGGCUAGCGGAUUUGGCUUUUUUCACAGACAUAAUGGAAAAACUGAAUUAUUUAAACUUAGAGCUGCAAGGAAAGGACAAACAUAUAGCUACAAUGAUAGGGUCUAUAAACUCAUUUAAAGCUAAACUGGUUUUGUGGAUAUCACAUCUGAAGAUGAAGUCCCUUGUGCAUUUCCCAAAUAUGAAAAAAAUAAUAGGCGAUGGUGAAAUUGACUUAUCAACAUUUGUUAUCAACCUUCAGUUACUUCAAGACCAGUUUGAAAAGCGCUUUCAACAAUUUAAUAUCAUUGAGCCAAUUGUCACCUUUUUUGUCAAUCCUUUUACUUACCAAGUAAAUGUAACUGAACUAGCUACAUAUAUUUCAGAGCUUGUUCAAGUAAGGACAGAAGAACUGGAGAUAGAAAUUUUGGAUCUUCAGAACGACAUUGUCCUAAAAUCCUUUAUAUCAGAUGAGAAUUUCUGGAAUAUAGUUGAAAGAAACAAAUUUCCAUCCUUGAAAAGAGCAGCAUAUAAAAUAAAGUCAUUUUUCGGUUCCACAUACUUGUGUGAAUCAUUGUUUUCGACAAUGAAUAUCAUAAAAUCAAAGUACAGAUCACGACUUACAGAUGAACACCUUGACGAUUGCUUACGAGCAGGAAUAUCAUCAUAUUCUCCUAAUUACGAAGCAAUGGCCAAUGAAAUGCAAUGCCAAAAAUCACAUUGA